GAAGAAGAAGAAGACUCGGACUCGAACCCACCGCUGCUGAAGAAGCUGGGCGACAUGUCCGGUGCGCAAGCAGCGCAGCCCAAGGAAUCGCUGACGCCGACGACGUACGAGUCGGUGCCGGCGGAGGAGAACAAGACGAGGCUGGACCCGCGGUCGAAGGAGGACGAGGGCAUGAUCACGAUCGAGAAGCAGCAGGACAAGGUGGAGGACGCCGCCGGUGGUGGCGGCCCCGUGUUCGGUGCCGGCAAGGAGGAGCACAAGCCGGACCUCGGCGUCACCGGCACCGGUUGAAGGGCUCAUGUUAAUCCAGAGAGAGAGAGAGAUGUGCGG